UCUACAAGUUUAAAUGCGCACUUUAUAGCACGAGAAUGGCGCCAGGCAGGUCACAUAGUCCGAUCCCGAAAUCGCCACCCUGUUGCAGUUCGUCGGUGGUCAGAAGCCUAAAUAACUCCUCUUGUGAGUACGAAAAGUCUUCGGAUUAUCCAAUAGAAAUUUUUUCGUCAUCUGAAGAUGAUGAACAACCAUGCAGCUUGCAAGAUCAGACAAUCUUUGACUUUACGGUAAGUCCUGAUGAAAUUGGCAAUCAGCAGGAACCAGAUGAUAUAGUUUUGGAAUUGUCUAGUGAAUAUGCAAACAAUUCAGAUGCAAUCUUCGUCAGUGCAUCGGAGUACUUUGAAAAGAAGAAGCAAAUCGAUCAGCUAGUGCAGAAUGUGCUUACAUUAGAGCUAACGCAGCGACAACUGGAAGAGAAUGGGUCUAGCGGCAAAGAGCUUAUCGAAAUAAAAUCACGUCUGGAGAAGUUUAAUGCACGCCUGGUGGCACUAGGCGAGUUUCUGGACACGCUGCGCGUGGAAGAGGAUAAGACGGCGAUCAGAAUCAAAGAGGAGCCCGAGCAGAUUGUCCAGUUCGAACAACCCCAGUGGUCCAAUCUAUACUCUGGCCUGAACCGCUACCGUCACAAGUCCAAUCACUCUUCAGCCGAGUUCUAUCAGCAUAAGAGCAACAUAAUCGAAAGCCUGAAGAUUUUGUAUGAGCCUUCUGAGCCAAGUUCUACGUACGUGGACUUGGAGAAGCAACCUGCACUUCUGACGGUCCGUCUACUAAAGCAUCAACAGGCUGCCCUGAAAUGGAUGCAGUUCCGCGAGCGACAGAAGAUAAGUGGCGGAAUCCUUGCCGACGACAUGGGUCUGGGAAAGACUCUGUCUAUGAUAGCCCUGAUUCUUGCAUCACUGGAAAGUAAAAAUAAAAAACGGGAAAAGAAGCAGCGUGCUUUAGAGCUUCAGUGGACAGAGGAGUUUAAUCGAUUGAAGACCAAGAAAAUCCGAACUUUUCGCUUGUUCGAUGAUGAUGAAGAGAGUCUGCAAGAAGAAGAAAAAUACGAGCCACCAAAAAAGCGAUUAUGUGAGGCUAAGAGUAAGAAAAUGGCAAAAUCUCCCACUUUUGAUAAAGAAGACAAAUAUGGAGAGGAAAAAGAAAAGAAUGAGCCGACAGUAAAGUCCCCCGAACCCUUAGAAUUCAGUUCAGAUGAAGACGAUUUAAAAAACGAACGCUACCCUACAGCAGGCACAUUAGUUGUGUGUCCUAUGAGCGUGAUGUGUCAGUGGGCCCAGGAAGUGGUCUCUAAGGUGGCAGCGAAUGGCAUCAAGGUUCUGACAUAUCACGGUGCCAAUCGUCGUGAUAUUGGGUUACAGACAUUUAGGAGCUACGAUUUGGUCAUUACGUCAUAUAAUCUUGUGGUAAGCGAGCUUAAGCGAUUUGGAAUCGCUUCGCUGCUGUUCGCCGUUCACUGGAAUCGGGUGAUUCUAGACGAAGCCCAUAUCAUUCGGAACGUUAAGACCAGUUGCUGUUACUCAAUUUGCCAGCUGCGAGCCCGUUGUCAUUGGGCCUUGACUGGAACUCCUGUCCAGAAUCUAGCCUUUGAUGUUUUUGCCCUACUACGCUUUCUGGAAGUGCCAAACUUUCAGGACCUUCAGCAAUGGAAAAGGUAUUUAAACGAAGGCAUGCCCGGUCACCGCCGUCUGAAAUUCAUCAUUAAGCCUCUAAUGCUGCGCAGGACAAAACAACAACUGCAGGAGUCGGGUGAUAUGCCUGCACUGCCUCCUAUAAAAAUUGAACUUAUCUGCGUGCAGCUCUCAAAGCAAGAGAUGUCUGUGUACCAGAUCUUGUCUGCCAUCUCCCAAAGGAUCUUUUUGCAGUUUCUGCUGCAACGCGAGAAGGGAAAUAGCGACUUAAAUUAUUAUUCUCUAGAAAGGACGCCGCAGUUUAUAAACGAAAAAAUAUUGGAUCCAAAGUACAUGGAAAUCUACAACAGAUUUCUGAGUUCGCUGGGCUACCAUCCGGGAGAAAAGAUACAUGGUAUAGUUAUCCUGGUGCUGCUCCUGCGCUUGCGACAGUUUUGCUGCCAUCCUGGUCUAAUGAUUGGGAUGCUGUGUGGUGCUAUGACCGCCGAGGACAUCCACAACGUGAGGAUGGAUGCCACAGGUGUAGAAGGUCAGCUUAAGCUGGAUGUCCUUAAUGAGUUGGACAAAUACGGCAAACCCGCUGAUGAAAAUGAUUUAACUGACGAAGAAAACAACUUUCCAACAAAAAUCAAGCUGGAAAACAUAAAACAUGAGACAGACCUCAGUGAAAUUAAGGAGGAGAAAAUGCCUUGGGAUAUGGGAGAUGAAGAAACAUUGUCCAGUUCAUCGGAGUCACUAGACUCGACCAUAGCUGUCAAGCUGCUUAAUCCUCAGAAUCCCAUCUUUGAUUUCGCCUGCCCUUCUGCCAAACUAAAGUUAGUCAUUGAUAAGCUAGAGGAGCUCCUAUCAAGCACCAACGACAAAAUCAUUGUUACAUCUCAGUGGUUGAACUAUCUGGCCAUCAUUCGUAACCGUCUGCAGGAUCAGUCAUGGGAAGUACUUGACUUCACUGGCUCGAUGAGCGCCAAAGAUCGCGAAAGUGUACUUCGAGAGUUUAACGAAAAUAAUGACAAGCGGGUUCUCUUGCUUUCCCUCACCGCUGGCGGUGUGGGACUCAAUCUCAACGUGGCCAAUCAUAUGCUAAUGGUGGACCUACAUUGGAACCCGCAACUGGAGCGGCAGGCUCAGGAUCGUAUCUAUCGUUAUGGUCAAAAAAAGCCUACAUUCAUUUAUCGGUAUAUGUGCCAGGACACCGUGGAACAGCGAAUUAAAGCGUUGCAAGAUUACAAGCUUGAAAUUGCCAAAGUGGUGCUUCCAGAGGAAGAGGGGGGAUUGUCUGGACGCGGGGGCGGUGGUAUCAACCUUAAGGAGCUACAAAAACUCUUCGCAAUGUAAGAUAAGCCAAGUUUUUUGUUCAAUUUAAAUUUUCCUUUGAACCAAAGAUAUAAUUUAAGGGUUUUCAACCUAUUCAAUGUAUUACUAGUAAUAAUCAUGUUAUUGCGUUAAAUAGUUUUAUGUUAAAUUCCAUCUUUUUGUGUUUGCGUAUAUACUUUAUUUUGGAGCAAAAAAUAAAAGUUAUGUGCAGCAACUGUUAUUAGAGUUAAGUAUGAA